AUGAAUAUGGAGAACUAGAAAUAUUAAGAAAUGUAAAAUAAUGAAAAUGAGAACAUAACUCCUACGACAAUUAAGACUCAGGAUGGACAUAGUAAAAAAGAGCAUUUCAGAUCUAGGAUGAAGACUUAGCUUACUAUAGCAAAUGGAUUCUCUCUAAAACAAAAACUUAGAAGUCAGUAAACUGUAGACCUCUCUAUGAAUAAAUUAGAUUCUCCACAAGAUGAGUAUAGCUUCUAAUAUGAAGAAUUAGAGAAGAUUGGCGAGGGAAGUCACAGCAUAGUGAAGAAAUGCUUGAACAAGCUUAACAAUAAAAUGUAUGCUGUUAAAAUUAUAAGAACAGACGAUCUAGAAAUAAUUAACUAAGCUAAGACUGAGUAUCAAAUAGUUAAAGAAUUGAACCAUGACAAUAUUUUAAAAGUAUUUGAAAUGUUUGUAAACGAAAAAACAGGGUAUGUUAGGCUCAUCACAGAAUAUUCUGAUGCCAUAACUCUUAAAUAAUUCAUUGAAAAGAGCUUCAAUAAGAGACUCACUGAAUAAAUUUCAUCUAAAAUCACUAUAUAAAUUCUAAGUGCGCUAAGUUAUUUGCAUUAGAAUAAAAUUGUUCAUAGAGACAUAAAACCCUCUAACAUUCUCAUUCAUCCUGAGUCUCUAAGAGUUACUUUGAUUGAUUUUGGGAUAUCAAGAUUUUUUAACGACUCGCAUGAACUAUGCACUCCAACAGGGACUCCUUUAUAUAAAGCUCCUGAAAUGAUACGAGGAGACCCUUAUAACGAAACUGCUGACUGCUGGUCUCUUGGUAUAACUUUAUUUGAAAUGCUUACAGGUCUAAAGCCUUUCAAUUACACAUACAGAGAGAACGAAAUGAUCAUUAAAAUGGAGAAUCAAUCUUUUACAAAUAAUUAAAAAUAUAAAUCACUUUCAUAACAAGCAUAAGAUCUUCUUAAGUAACUUUUAAACCCGAACUUAAAUAACAGAAUUCAGCCUUAAGAAGGACUUAAGCAUCCUUUUGUUUAUAGAAAUGUACAAGAAAAUCAAAUUUUGAGCUCUUAAGACCUAAACAUUCGUUUUAGCAGUAUAUGCGAACUUACUCCACCAAAAAAGGAUUUAUAAAAUGAAAGUUAAAAUUGUUAUUCUAAUUAAAACCUUUCAUGUUAGUAUUCCAAGACUUCUAAAAGAUUGACAUAUAGUUGUGGGAAGAAUUCACAUUCUUUUACAGAUUAUUUGAAUACUUUAAAUAAAUAAUUUACACCACUUAAAAACAACAAAAAUAUAAUGAAUUACUCUCCUUAAACUAUGAAGCAACACACAACAUCUAAAUUUGACUCUUAAAAAUCCGUGCUCUCUACUAUCUCUAAUAUAACUUUAUUGAGAUAAAAAUAAAUAAAUUGA